AUGGGGCGUCCGCUCUACGAUGGCAUGAUGGCGCGAGUCACGGACAACGGAGCUGUCUCAGAGGCAUUCGCAGUGACUAACGGAGUGAAGCAGGGCGGCGUCCUGGCGCCCACCCUCUUCAGUCUUAUGUUCUCUGCCAUGGUGAUGGACCACUACCGUAACGAACGCCAAGGGAUCCGCAUCGUCUACAGGACGGGCGGCCACCUCCUUAAUCAGCGCCGAAUGCACUUUCAUCCGCUUGUAUACACAGCUGCCGUCCAUGAACAUCUCUCCGCUGACGACUGUGCUCUCAACACCACCUCUGAAGGGGACAUGCAAAGGAGCAUGGAUCUCUUCUCCGCCGGUCUGAUCAUCAACACGGAGAAGACGGUUGUCAUGCAUCAACGCCACCGAACGCAGUCCUUCCCCACAAUGCGCCGCAGAUCAGCGUGAACGAAACCUAACUGCAAGUGGUGGACAACUUCACCUACCUGGGCAGCACCCUCUUCCGCAGCACCAAAAUCGACGAUGAAGUUCCUCGCCGCAAUUCCAAAUCCAGCCAAGCCGUCAGCCGUCUGCAGCACACCGUCUGGAACCAUUACGGUCUUCAUCUCACCACGAAGCUGGAGAUGUACAAGGCCGUCAUCCUGCCGACGGUGACGAAAGUAGCGGAGACCUGGACAGUCUACAAGAAGCAGGCGCGGGAACUCAAGCAAUUCCGCCUCAGCUAUCCUCGACGGAUACUGAAGUUGAGGUAGCCGAACGAAAUCCCCGACACUGGCGUACUGGAGCGGACGGGAAACCUCGGCAUCUACGCCAUGCUGAGACAACUAUAAUUGCGCUGGAGCGGUCAGCUCCUGCAGAUGGACGACGAGCGGCUACUUGAAUGACAUCUCCGUAGAGACGUCGCGAUGAGUUCACGCCGACAAGAAGGUCAAGUCCGAGACUACAAAGAUACCCUGAAAAUCUCCCUGAAGCGCCUGCAGAUCAACCAGGCCUGGAACCGACCUACGAGGAGGAAAACACUGACGAGGGGCGCAGCAGUCUUCGAAUCCAACCGCAUUACCGCCGCCAAAGCCAAACACGAGACACGUAAAUCUCAACUGAAGCCUCCGUCCUCGACUCACAGCGCCAACGCCCAAACUCAUCCAACGUGUCCACGAUGUCAACGGACAUUCCGGGCGUCAAUUAGGCAUGUUGGAUACCUUCGGACCAACUGCAGCACUCAAAAUACACCAACCGUCGUCCCUCCGUCUACCUCUUCCUCGUCCUCUAAGUCGCCAACUAAUUCCGAUCAUCCUGCUGAACCACCACAUCCAUCCUCCUCGUCCAUUGACUCAACAUCCGCUACGGCAGCUCCUGUACACCAACUAACAUUAACCUCCCAACCGUCGACGCCAGCGAUGUGGACUCGAUGUAUACCCGUCCUCAUUGCGACCGCACCUUCACCUCACACAUCGGCCUGGUUGGUCAUUUGCGAAUCCAUCACACAGAGACUGGCAAAGCAGUGCCUGGAGCACCAACCUACACUCGCCGCAUUCAACUCCACCGUCCACAGUUCCCACGCACAUUCACUUACUGCAUGGGUUUAUCCGGUCUCAUGCGUACCCACGGGAGCGUAAUAGACAGCUGUCUCGGCACACAUAACACAUCUUGCACAUCCCCUACGCCUAACUCAACAUACACCCCGCCGCCCAGCACGCUGAUCACCAUCAGCUUCAUCACACUCAGCACAUCCACCAUGCCUAGCUCAACCCACACCUCGCCGCCCAGCGCGUCCACCAUCAGCAGCUCCACCAAUGCCACCAUCUCUGAAACCGACACUGACACCGCCGACUCUUCCUGUCACCAUUGUCCCCGUAAAUUCACCUCACACCUCGGCCUGGUCGGUCACUUGCGAAUCCAUCGCACAGUGACUGACAAACCAGUGCCUGAAGCACCAAAAUACACCAGACGCAUCCGCCUCAACUGCCUUCACUGCACCUGCACAUUCACCCACUGCAUGGGCCUAUCAGACCACAUGCGCAUUCACGAAUACCUGCGAUAG